AGGAGGUUUGGACCGCAGUGAGGCCAGCUGGCUCGCACAGACAAGUGGGUGGGGAAAUCCAGAUUUGCCAUGGAGAAGAUCUCAGUGUCAGCAUUCUUGCUCCUUGUCGCCCUCUCUUACACACUGGCCAAAGAUAUCACAGUCAAAUCAGGAGCUAAGAAGGACACAAAGGACUCGGCACCCAAACUGCCCCAGACCCUCUCCAGAGGUUGGGGUGACCAACUCAUCUGGACUCAGACAUACGAAGAAGCUUUAUACAAAUCCAAGACAAGCAACAAACCCUUAAUGAUUAUUCAUCACUUGGAUGAAUGCCCACACAGUCAAGCUUUAAAGAAAGUGUUUGCUGAAAAUAAAGAAAUCCAGAAAUUGGCAGAGCAGUUCGUCCUCCUCAAUCUAGUUUAUGAAACAACUGAUAAACACCUUUCUCCUGAUGGCCAGUAUGUCCCCAGAAUCAUGUUUGUUGACCCAUCCCUGACAGUUAGAGCUGACAUCACUGGAAGAUACUCGAAUCGUCUCUACGCUUACGAACCUUCAGAUGUAGCGCUCUUGCUUGACAACAUGAAGAAAGCGCUCAAAUUGCUGAAGACUGAAUUGUAGAGAAAAAGCAACAUCUGCAAGCUUUUCCUUCUGUGUCAGGCCUUGAGACUUAAGAAGAUCCUAGAAGACUUUGGAGAAUGCAGGAACACAGAUGGACACACUGAUUAAUUAGAUCAGGGUUAUUGUUACAACAGUUACUUUUUUUUUUAAUUUGAAGUAUAUAUGUAUGAAAACAAUCUUGCAUACUACCAUAGUCAGCCAUGAUUUUUUUUU